AUGCACCGACCUCGCCUCGCGGGUCUGAGGUUCUACGAGUUGCACAUCACGGUGGUGCGUCCCAAGUUGCCGAAUGGUGACCUCCAUGGUCUCGAGAAGGGCGGCUGUAUCCCCUACCGCGUGGGAGGGCCAGGAGAGGCCUCCUUCUACUCGGAGCGUUGGUGGUGUGAAGGGCACUUGCUGUCGGAUUGCUUCUGGGAGACGAACAGCUGGAAGUACUUUGCCCGCUAUGAGAUGCACGAGAUUUGUCAAAGCAAGGAGUACGAAGAACUGCCGAAGCCUUUGCCUUUGGAACAUCCAAAGCUGCAAUGCUUGAACCUGGAGCCUUGUGUGUUUACGGAGACGCUUUGGUGA